GAAGCGUGGAGCCGACGUUCAGAAACGGGCAUCCGUAGGCCGUAGAAGGGCGGGGCCGGCGUGCAGGCCCUGACCUACCGACCAAUCCGCGGGCUUGUACUAGCUGUGAAUUGGAGGCUGCUAAGAGAGCAACGUUUUUAUAGGGCCGCCGUUGGCCAUCUUCCGGUCGGGGGGCGGGCCCCUCGCGGUGGCGGGAAUUGAGUCGCGGAGGGGCGGUGACCGGCCUGGGACGCCUACUCUUCAUCAUGGACGCGUCCGAGGUGGAGUUUUUGGCCGAGAAAGAGAUGGUGACUAUCAUCCCGAACUUCAGUCUGGACAAGAUCUACCUGAUCGGGGGGGACCUGGGACCCUUCAACCCCGGCUUACCCGUGAACGUGCCCUUGUGGCUGGCCAUUAACCUGAAACAGAGACAGAAGUGCCGUCUGCUACCUCCAGAGUGGAUGGAUGUGGAGAAACUGGAACAGCUGCGAGAUGAGGAGCGGAAGGAGGAGACAUUCACCCCGGUGCCCAGCCCGCACUACAUGGAGGUUACGAAGCUUCUGCUGAAUCAUGCUUCUGACAACAUUCCCAAAGCAGACACCAUCCGGACACUGAUCAAAGAUCUGUGGGACACACGCAUGGCCAAGCUCCGGGUGUCUGCUGACAGUUUUGUGCGGCAGCAAGAGGCACAUGCCAAGCUGGACAACUUGACCUUAAUGGAGAUCAACACCAGCGGGGCCUUCCUCACCCGGGCCCUCAACCACAUGUACAAACUCCGCACAAACCUCCAGCCCUCUGAGAGCGCUCAGUCUCAGGACUUCUAGCCUCUGGUCUGCAAACCCCGCUGUGUGCGGAGUGUGGUGGAAGGGUGUGGGACACUGGUGGAGCGGUGAGUUUGCUGCCAGUCUUUGUCACAAGUCAGCCAUACUGCAAGUUCAACUCCAAGCCACCAGCUUUUCUCUUCCGCCCACGGACUGCAUGCCAAGCACUGUGAGUGUUCAGACCAGCUCAGGUCAGUUCGAGUAUCUUCGAGCUUGACCUGUAGAAAGCUGUAUGUGGUUGAGGCUGGGGGUGGUAGCGGCGCUGAUACAAAGGCUUUCGUCUUUACAUGAUUUAGGAAGAUUUUAUUUUUGGGAUGUCAGAAAUUACAGCAAUAUAUUCAUAAAUACCUAAUUACUACAUUCAACAAAUAAUAUUACAAUACAGUUAAUUCAAACAAGUA